GUAUCAGAGGUGUCACGACGAGGAUGGAACGAAGCUUCAAAGGUAUUAAACACAGGAGGGUCAGGAGGAACUCUGGCCUUAACUGGGAGUUCUGGGGGGCCACAUGAACGCUCCUCACUUCUCCUGGGUCCUGGAGAUGGUUAUCAGCGCCUUGAUAAUGCGAGGAAGGAAGGUGCUCAGACUGAAAUGGGCCUUGACCUUGAUCCUGAACAUACUACCAGGAAUAGUGAACUAACGUCUGAGGAUGACUCCAGCUUAUGGGAGAAGGGGAGAUCAAGCGAUGGCUGGGGUGAUGACAACUGGAGCAACGACUGGGGAAGUGGGAACAACAGCUUAACAACUUCUCCCACUCAAGGGGGAAGAAAAUCAGCUACGCCUUCCCCUAAUGCCCGUGCCUCCAAAACAAAUUCACACAGCAGCAGUAGUGGAAAGAUCAAGUCGUCAAAGAGCAAGGAGAGUUCUCAGGAGCAGCAGCUGUUAGUGGACCUUGGCAACGACAGCGGCAACAACAGCAAAGGACACACGUGGGACAAUUGGGAUGACGAUUGGGAGAAGGUCGAUGGACAGUGAAACCACUUUGAGACUUCAGAAUUAGUUCAUAAGAUUCCAAAAAGAAAUCAUAUAUACAUAUAUAUAUAUAUAUAUAAAUGUGUGUGGUUUUCAUAUCUUGCAAUUUAAUUUUUUGCAGUCACCAUUGAGCUGCAGUUAUCAUUGAUUAUUUGUACUAUAGAAGAGCUCCUGAGAAGGCAAAGCUCAUGAGAUCUUAGAUUAUCUUUAUGUAAGUCAAGUUGUCUUAGAUCUAUUGCAGUCCUUGAUUUGUUCAUAUUUUUAGGCAUUUUGCUUCAAUGGUUCAAUCAAGAAAGAAGAAAAAAAAAAAAAUGGAGGGGCAAAACUAAAAUCCAAUUAACAUGGGGUAAGCACCAACUUAACAAUGAAUUGAAGAAUGUUUAUUGAUAUUUUAGUUUGUAUGAAGGAUCUACAGGUGAUAUUUGAGGAAAGAUAGUAUUGUGCUUCUAUGUGAGGAAGAUUAAAGAUGAAAAUUGUGCUGUUUAUUGAGAUAAGAAAAGAUAAUCAUUUAUUAUUAAAGGUAGAUUUUAAAAUAACUUCGUUUUUAAAAUGGAGACAUUUAUACUAUCUGUAUUGAUAACAAGAUGAGGAAACCCAUUGUAUAUUUUAUGGUUAUAGAACAAGGAUGUUUUACUCUUAGUUUAUAUAUAUUUUUUUUAGAUUUUGUCUGUGUAUUAUGUUUUUUGACAGUUAAAAAAGUAAUACUUCCUGUAGUGAUUUUUUUCAUAUAAUCUGUUUCUUCCCAGUAUUAAAUUGUCUGAUCACACUUUUUUUAUUUGAUUUUGUGGUAGCAAAUAUAUAAUUUUUGAUAAUAGGUUUCCAGGGAAAUUGGUCUUUUGAUUAUUACCACUUUUGUUUGACUUGAGAAUUUUAAUAUUCCAUUAUUCUUUAUCAAAGAAAUAAUUUCUUUCACAUCUGUUGAAGAAAAUGAGAAUGGAACUUCUGUCACAGAUUCUCGGUUUGGUGGCAAGAUUGAUGUAUUCCAGCCUCAUUUCCUUCAUCCACUUCAGCUGCCCAGUCAGUAACAGUACUCAUUGUUCACAAGACAAACAGGCAAAAAGAAAAAAAAAAAAAAAAAAAAAAAAGGAUUGUUGGUGGUGACGGCAGUUUGGUUGAUUAGCGAGACACUUUGCUUUCCAUACAUUGCUUUUCAUACAUUAUUUCAUACAUUAUAAGUAUAUACUGAAAGCUUAUUUGAAAUUAUGGCAUACCAGUGAGAGGACUUCAUUUCAGGAAACUCUUGGCAUAUAAUUUAUAUGAUUCUUUGGGUUUAACAGGCUUUUUUUAAGGGUGUAAUGUGUUUGCUAAAAUGCAUCUUAUCUUUCUAUAGUCUGCAUCUAAAUGGCAUACAAUCUAAUUUUGUAUAUGAAUGGCUGAUCUCUGAGCAAUUGUCUGCAGGGACUAACGCAACAGGUGGAUGAUUAAGAUUUCUUAUGAUUUUAUGCCUAAGAUUUGUUUGCAGUGUACCAUUUUUAUUCACAUAACUUCUGUCUAUCACAUCUUCCUUUCAAGUUUUAGUUUCUGGUUUAUUUACCUUGUUGACCUGAGAAUUAUUGGGUCUGUUACUGAAAAAGUGAUACUACCCAUGGAAAUACCAGUUUUUGACAGUGAGUAUGCUACUAAUGAGUGAAUAGAAGAUAAACCAUAACAAUAUUUGAAUACUGUGGACUUUUAUAUUUGACAACAAGAGAUUGAAUAUGAAAUAUGUAAUGUAAACAUCUAGACCUAUAACAAACUCACAAAAGAAAAUUUUGAGAAUGAUAAUCAAAGCUCAAGUUGAUCCUUGAAGGGGAUAAUAAUCACAGUGUACAUGAGAAAGAUUGCAGGUGCAAAAUGAUGCUCAGGAACAAAGUUUUACAAAUAACUAUGAAGAAAAGACAGGUAUGUUGAAGAGAGACCAUGUUUUGUAUUUCAGUUCAAGUAGACUUUUCAGGAAAAUGUUAAUUUGUGUAGUCAUAUUUUUUCUUCCCUUUUUGGCUGUAGUUAUAUUAUUAUCUUGUUUUAUAUCAGAUAAUUGCCUAUAACUUUCUUUGCUUGACAGUUUUGAUAUUUCAAAGGAUUUUAGGAAGGGAAUGAAUAUUGAAAAGAUUUUGCCCAAGUAUAUUGACAUUGUACUUGUAGAGAAACAAGUAUUCCAGUGGAACUAUUUGUUUUCAGAGCAUUAAAACCAAUAGAAAUCAGGUUUAUAGCCACAGACCUUUUAACCCAGUGUACUUUUCUUUUGUGAUUUCUGUUUGCUAAUUGAUGGCCUCCCAAGUGCUCAGCCACCAAUACUGCCAAUUUCUCCUUUUAUUUUUUUUCCCCCUAAGGCUUUCAAUAUCAAAUUCUGUUGUUAAUGUUGACAUUGUUAUUAUUAUAUCUUAUUAAUACUAAGCAACAAAAUAAGUUUAAAGAAUAUUUCUGAAAAUCAAGGAAAAUGUGUUUAUUAUUUAUUUGGCAGCAUAUACAAAAUAUAGCAUAGGGUGGGGCUUGGGGACGAAGCCUCCAAGAUAAGAUAUUUUGGUUCAGUAAGCAGAUGUUUAUGGAUUCCCAGGAUGAUCAGUCGUCAAAAUAAACAAAUUACAAUAAUGCUGUGUGAUCUUUGAAGUCUGGUACAAGUAUUGUGGCAAAAAGGGUAAAUAUGAAUUAACAUUUGGAUUAGUGGACAGAAGGGGAUAAAGAGAAGGAAAAGGACAGAGGGAGAAGAAAACACCCUGCAGAAUCAAUGGAGAGGAGGGACGAGGUUCAAAGCAGGGGUGAUCCCUACAUUAGGCCUCAGUCUCUGCCUCCUAAGCCCCCCACGGCAACAACUAUCAAGGGAAUUGGGGGGGAGGGGGAUCAAGGAAAGGGUAAAAGGUGAGGAUUAGUCAUCGACUCCUUGGCGACUAAACACUUGUGGAGCUGUCUGUUCAAAGGCAAUAAAGAAACAAAAAGAUAUAGUGGGUCUGUCAUCUAUUUGUGCUAUCUCAUCAACAUUGGGUUAAUUGUGAAGAUUAGAUUACUUUAUAUGGUUACAUUUUAGGGUUUCUUUGCUCUACCAUUACUUUAUGCUAGAUAUUAUGAGAUGUGAAACAAAGCAGCAUGUGUGUUCUCUUAAAUUAGUUAUGCUUGGCCAACACAUAUCUGCAAAGGCACUUCUAUGGAUUACUGAGAAUUUUUUUUUUCUUUUCUCUACCAAGAUGAAAAAAAAAAAAAAAAAAAAAAAAUAUUGAUACCAAGAAUUUUUCUGAAUGUGUACUUUGGUAUUAUUUGGAAUAUCUGAAUGAAAUUAGUAACUUCAGUUGUUAAUGAUGAGUAGUGGUAUAAAAAGGGUCCAGAUGUAUACAGUGUCAUCUAUUAAAAGAAUAGACCAACUAAAUAUUCCUUUUUUUUUUUUUUUUAGGGAAAAUGAAGAUUAAUAUAUGCCACUGUCUUCAUGGCACAAUGGACACAGCAUUUACUAAAACAAAGGAAUAUACAUAUAUUUCUUUUAUCUGUCUUCCUUGAUGUUCAUUAUCUAUUAUUUAAUAUUCCAAUAUAAUUCCAUAUAUUAUAACUCAGUUUUGCUUUACUGUGGGCACAUGAUUUGCAUAUUUCUGAACUUUUUUUUUUUUUAGUACUUUGAGUCCCUCAAGUUUGCAUGUUUGGUUAUGGGAAUGUAUACCUGUACACAGAAGCAUUUUGUAAACUGCUAGAUUACCACAAAGUCUGAUUAUCGUUCUGAUUGUACCCAUAACAACAGCUGAGCAUACAUAGGGAAUAAUCACCGACAUGGUCACCAAGAAUAGCUGUGACAGAUUUAUAAUCCCCAAAUUGUUUGUUUUAUCUAGUUGAGUUACUGGUUAAUACCAAUAUAUUAUAGAUCAAUUAUUAUUAUUAUUAAUAGUAAUGAUGUUAUUACAUUUUGGGCAUUUAUUGAUAAUAUUCAGAUGCUGGAAAUUUAUGGAGCAAUGGAAGAAAAGGAUUCCAACUUUGUACUGGGGUACUAAUUGUGUUCAUUGAAAUUUUCCUGUUUCACCUUUCUGGUCUUAGUGUAAGCUUGACAGUAAUAUCAUGCAUGUAUUUCUUUACUUGUAUCUGUGUAUGUGUUCCUACUGUGCUGGUGACAUAGAAAUUGGAAACAGGAUUGCAUGUUCGUAGAGAAAAUGCACAUGACUGUGCACUGCAAUUGCUAUUGCGGCACUUCUGUGAAAAAGCUUCCAGCAAAAAAGGUUUAUCCUAUUGUACAUUUUGAAGUUCAAGCUAUUACAUUUAAAAACCAUGUAUAUGCACAAAGUAGUGCAGGUGUGAUUUUUAACCUUUUAUCCUGCAUAGUGAAAUUGUAUGAUAAUAAAUAGAGGGUUAUCUGUCAUAUAAGGCCGUCCUACGCCCAUUGUUUAGAUCUCUAUAAAAAAAAAUUCUUUUGUUUUGAUUUAUAGUAUCACAACUAGUAUGGUCAUAGAAUGGGGAUAAUAUUUACAUACUUGAACUCACACCUUUUGAGUUGCUAAUUGUGUAUUUUACUGUUUGUUAUAUGAUGCUGUCUGGCUGACACACCAAGAGCAGAUUUAUGAUGUAGCAUCUUUUUUGCUACUGGAAAAUUUAGUGCAAGACUAGAUUUUAAAAAAAAAAGUGUAUUCAAAGAAGAAGUGAUGUAACAAACACUGUUGCAAUAUAACAUGAAUAUUAAACUUCUCAAGAGCUACUUUAUGUAUCUAAGGAAAAUCUGCAGCUAUUUAAAUGCAACUUUCCUUACUUGCCGAAUAUUAAGCCUAAUGAAUGGUAAAUGGUAAAAAGAAAGAAGAAAAAAAUUGUGCUAGACAUCAAAGGUCAUAUAGCACUAUAGGAAAGUAUAGUAGUAAAAAGGAAAGCUUAAUGAAUUCAUAGUACUGAAUGUGAACUUUUCCUAUUAAUGAAGUAUAUUUGUUUUAUGAUAACCUUACUUUUAGUUAUGAUCAUAAUGACAUGCUUUGUAAAAUACAUAGCUCAGGAGUGAACAGCAUAAGGGGCUUGAUAUUCUUUAGUAAAUUCCUCAGAAUGUAUUUCUAUAUUUUGUGUCUAUGAUCUGUGUCUGUGUUUUAGGAGGAUAGGAAUCAUCAUAUAUCAUUGUAUAUCAUAAUAUAUUCACCUAUAUUUUGUGUAGACAGUUAAUAAUACAUUACAAGAAGUGCACGGUGUCAAUUUUGUGUGUGAAAUAUUUGCUGGUUGGCAACGAUAAGGUCUACUCUUUUACCCCCCCCCCCCCCAGCUUUGUACCUCAAAUAAUACUAUUUUCAGGCUUUUAGCAGUUGUUUUCUUGUAUCUUAAGAUUCCAUCAGUCACUAAUAUAUAACCUUACUUUUUUCUUUUUCUUUCUUUCUUUUUCUUUUAGGAUUCAUGGUAUUUUGAAAGGUUUCUUAUGUUAAAGUAACCGAGAGGUAAGUGUUUAUUGAAGCAAAUUAACAGGAAAAUGUAUGAUAAAUUAAGUUUUUAUAAUAUUGUCAAUGAUUUUUAAUUGGCUAGAAUGCUCUUAGAACUGAUAAAAAGUAUAUUCAAUAGUAUAUACUCAAGGCAAGUGCGAUCUGCUGCAGAAUUUACACUAACAAACACUCUUUUGGGUAUAAUAGCAUGUGAAAUAUGAAAAUUUGUCUGCAGUUGCUCACAUGGUUGUGCUUUAUGCAAAUGAAAUGUUAUGCUCUGCUAAAUGCUAUGCUCUGCUAAAUGCUAUUUCAAGUGGAGCUGAUGAACAGGGUGGUUGCAGAACACAUCUUGCUUUCUUACUUGCCUCAUAAUAAAAAGCUUGGAAUGCAGUGUGUAGUUUAAGAGUGAAUGAAAAGUUACACAUUGCAUGCCUUUAAUAACUUUUCAGACCUAUGAUAAAUUUGCCUCCUCUGCAUAUAAAUGAUAACAUACAGAGUAUUCUGCUGGUUUGUGCAACUCGAAAAGGCUGACUUGUUUUGGAGUCGGCGCCUGCCUAUGAUAAAUUAUAGCUUUUCUAACUUUGAUACAUAUCUGGUAAUUUUUAUAAAAACUAGAAUGAACUGAACUCAUGAAAGCAGAGCAGAAAUGAAAUACUUUAUAAUGUGUGUUCUGGUGCCAUGUUCCAGCUGUGUCAUGUGCCAUAGUUCAUAUUUAGAUCUUCAUAUUUUCCAAAAGUGUAAAACCAGGUCUUGAUGAAAUAAGCCUAAAGGGUAUUGUACUUAAAUUUGGAUAUAUAAGAAAGAAAAAAGUUCUUUGCUUGGACCACUUCACACACAAUUUUCGAGUGAAAUGUAUACAUGGUUAUAGGUGAACUUGAAGUGCAAGAUGUAUGAAUUUACUAAUUCUCUAAGUAUCAAGGAAGAUAUGACAUCUUCUACUAACAUUAAAAUUCUAAGGUAUUAUGUCUUUAAGUUAAAUCUGUGGGUAGAACUCAAAGGAACUGCAUAUUUUGCUGACUCUUGAAAUCCAAAAUUCUAUACAAAGAAAUAAGUUAAUCAAAUACUGUCAGAAGAUACUUCGUUCAUUCUGCUCUGAAGCAUUUUGUACUGGUAAUGGUCUGCCGUACAUGGUAUUUAACUUGUUUACUAGACCUAUCUAUAUGUAAUUAUUAAAGUUUAUUUUCAUAUUCUAAACACUAUCUGGAUGAUUAUAUCUUAUGAAGUCGUGCUUUUAUUUCUUGCUUUAACUUUAAAUUAUGAAAUAUUUAAUAAAGAAUAAUGACAAA